AUGUCCCUUACUUGGAAACACGAAGUUUUGGAAGCUUUGAAGGAACGAGACAGGAAGGAGUCAAGAAGCAAAGAAAUAUAUGAAUCAUGUGAGUAUUUGCCCUACCCCAUUCCCUGCACUCUUAUCAAUACUAACAAUUCGAUAGUUCAAUUCAGUGUGGACAAGUUCCAAGAAUUGAAGCGUCAAUUCGAAUCGAUAGAGAAAAAGGAUUCUCAAAUUCAAUUGGAAAAGACAAUCAGUCAGUUGAAGGUUCAAACAGAAUCAUUGGACUCAACGCAGCGGAGACUACGACAGGCCCAAGAUAAAAAGAAUGAGCUGGAAAAAGCUAAUUCGGAACUUACAAAGGCUCUAAAUGCUGCAGAAGAUCGAUUGAAACAAAGUGUCAAUAAAUUGAUGGUUUUGAAAGAGGAGUCGCAAACCAAGAACGCCAGCCUUGAACUUGUUAAUGACGAACUUUUAUCGUUACAUAUACAAAAUAAUUUGAUGAAUGAUAAGAUUGAGUCGCUUACAAGUGAAAAUGACAAAUUAGUGCAGAGAUGGAUGGAAAAAGUUACUAAGGAUGCGGAACUACUGAAUGAAGCAAACAAAUAUGCUUCACGAGGAAGAAAUUGA